AUAGAUUAAUUAAUUGAAAGGAAUGUCUACAGAAUUUGAGAGAAAAGAAAGUGGCGACCACCCAGUUCUAUAAAUCAAGGUAUACUACACCUUGAUAUAUAGCAUAGAGUAGCUGAGGAAAACAGGCAGUCCCUCCGUGAUGGCAAACUUAAAUCUUUACAUUUGUCUCUUUGUUUUCUGCAUAAGUCUUUUCAGUAUCCAGAUAAAAAGCUUGGAUGAACAUCCUUGGCUUUACAAAAAGCAUGCAGCUCUAUUCGUAUUUGGGGAUUCACAGUUUGAUGCUGGGAAUAACAACUACAUCAACACCACUAGCAAGGCUAAUUAUUGGCCAUAUGGUGAAACCUUCUUUCACUACCCAAGUGGCAGAUUGAGUAAUGGCCGCAUAGUUCCAGAUUUCAUCGCUGAGUAUGCCAAAUUGCCGUUCAUUCCAACAUAUCUACACCCCGGUAACAAGAUACUUGUAUAUGGGGUGAACUUUGCAUCUGCAGGAUCUGGUGCUCUUGUUGAAACUCGGAAAGGAAGGGUUAUAGACCUUCAAACUCAACUUGUUUAUUUCAAGAAUGUGACCAGGCUAUUGGAGGAAGAACUGGGAGAUGCAGAGGCGAAAGAUUUGCUUUCAAGAGCUGUUUACUUGUUCAGUGUUGGAGGCAACGACUACUCGUUCCCUUUUGAGACAAACUCCAGCGUCCUUUAUACUUAUUCUGUCGAGCAAUUUGUAGGGCAGGUGAUAGGCAACAUAUCCCAAGUCAUCAAAGAAAUAUAUGCGGUUGGUGGAAGGAAAUUUGCGUUUCCAAGCAUGUGGCCUUUAGGGUGUGUGCCAUUUUCAAGGGCAAGGGUGCCAGAAGGGGAAAACAAGUGCUUUGAACCAAUUGCGCCAUAUGAUGAAUUACAUAAUAAAGAGCUUUCCAAGCUCCUCCAGAAACUGCAAAUCCACCUCAAGGGAUUCAAAUACUCAAUUCCUGAUUUUCAUACGCUUUUGGAACAACUAAUAAAUCAUCCUUCUAAAUAUGGUUUCAAGGAAGGGAAGACAGCAUGCUGUGGCAGUGGACCCUUCAGAGGAAUUUUGAGCUGUGGAGGAAGGAGAGUAAAAACGGAGUACUAUCUAUGUGACAACGUUAGUGAAUACGUUUUCUUUGACCCUGCUCAUCCCACUGAAAGGGCCUAUGAGCUGUUGGCCCAAAUGGCUUGGAGUGGAGAGCCCAGUUUUACUGGGCCUUACAAUCUUAAAGCCCUUUUUGAAUCUUAGCCUCUAAGGGAAAUGGUUGAUUUUCACAAACAUGUCAUGAUGGCACAGCUCCUAUUCCUUUUCCCUCUUUUCAAAAUUUUGGUAUCUCCAAAUCAUUGUCUUCUCAACAAUCUCUAGUUGUAAUAAUAUCCAGCAUAUGUUGAUUAUGUAAAAUAAAUUCAACCAAAUGUUCGUACCUUGACAAUCAAAAUUGAUUUAAGGCAGUUUGACCUGUUUUAUAAGUAGUUUUGAUUGUUAAAGAAACAAUUAUACAACCAAUAUUUACGAGUUAUGUAAAAGAUACCUAUGAGUUCAAAUUUAAUUUUCCAUAAUUGAAAAUAGUAGAAUUUGUGAAGCUCUAUAACUAUAAAUAAAAAUCUCUGUAACCUUUAUACCUUUUAA